AUGGAACUGCAUAGAAGUAUUUCUUCAAUAGAUGUUGCCACUUCGGAAAUUAUUCGUGAUUCAGUUGAUGGGGAUGUCACUAUCCCUGCAGAUCAGGGAAAACAUCGAUUCUUAUUAACAUCAUCGCGAUACACUUUUUUGUUCCCGAAUCUUUCUUGUUUCAAUAGAGAUUUUCAAGAUUUUUUGUACGCAACCUUAGUAAACAUUGCUCUUGAAAAUGAGUUGGAAAACAACAGGUCUCUCAACUGGUGUAAAAUUCUACCGAAGUUUAUUCCGAUAAACACCUUGGGCGAUGGAAAUUCUUUGAUGCAUGCAGCUUCACUUGGUAUGUGGGGUAUUCAUGACCGAAGAUUAACGCUGAGAAAAACUGUUUAUCAAGUUCUGAUUGAAGACCAAACAGGCAUGUAUCAGAAACACUGGCAGUCGGAAGUGAAAAGGCAGUUGGAGGAUCAAAAUUCUGGUAUACCAAUGGAUUUUGGUGUAGAGCAAUUGUAUGAAGACUGGAAGAAAACCGUUGCUCUUGCAUCAACAGCAAAAUCAACCAAUAACCAUAGUUUUUAUUCUCUUGAAGAGAUUCAUAUAUUUGCCUUAGCUAAUAUUCUGCGAAGACCAAUUCUGGUGAUAUGUGACGAUUCUCAUCGUGGUGCUGGUGUAAACCUUGGUGGCAUAUACUUACCACUGUUGUCAGACUUGGUGGAUUGUAUAAAAACUCCUCUUUUGAUUGGCUAUCACCAUGGACAUUUUACAGCACUUGUGAUGGCAGAAAAUAAUGAGAGAGGGCAUACAUUGGCCGAUCACAAAAUGGUGAUUGGAGUACCAUUAAUGAAACAUAAUGGCCAGCCUAUGAAACUCCGUUGUUUGUUACCAGAGGAAAGAAAUUACUCUGAUCGACUACAACGGGAAUAUUUAAACUGUUUAAAGUUACAUUACACAUUUGACAAUGAGUGUGAAAUGAAAAUACUCGUCGCUGAAAUGGAAGCUUGUGAACAAAAUCCACAUGUUUAUGGAAUGUUAAAAAGAUAUUUUAAAUCAAUGGAAGAUAUACAUUUGGAAACAUUGACAUUGAAUCAGCUAUCACUUAAUGACCAAAGGACAAUCACAUCAUAUUCAACAAAACAUGAAGACCAUUUUAAAAAUAGUAAAGAGCAGAAACCAUGUGCCAAGAUUAACUGCAGAAACAUUGCCAGUAUCAAUAGCAAUUAUUGUCAUCAAUGUAGAAACACAGACAACACCCGUAUUUGUAGUUCUCCUGGCUGUGGUUAUACUGCCAACCCAGAUUAUGAAGACUUAUGUUCUGUCUGUUUUACAACAUUGAAGUCUAUACUACUCGAGGGAACAAAGACGGCAACUCCUUCAGCGUCACCUAAUGAUAGAUGUUACAAUAACUGCGUGAACAAAGGAAAUGAUGACUUUCGCGGCCUGUGUUAUGAUUGCUAUAGAGAGAAAUUUCUCAAUUAUCGUUCUUCAGCAAAAAAGGACGUCGGACAAUCCAGAUCCGUUGUCCAAUGCAAUAGAAUUAGAAAAACAACCAACAUGGGAAGGAAAGAUGGAAAGAAAUUUCAGGUUUGUGAUUUUAAUGAUCAGAGGACAAUGGCAUCAUAUUCAACAAAAUAUGAAGACCAUUUUAAAAAUAGAAAGGAGCAUAAACCAUGUGCAAAGAUUAACUGCAGAAACAUUGCCAGUAUUGAAAGCAAUUAUUGUCAUCAAUGUAGAAACACAAACAACACACGUAUUUGUACUUCUCCUGGCUGUGGUAACACUGCGAACCCAGAAUAUGAAGACCUAUGUUCUGUCUGUUUUACAACAUUGAAGUCUAUACUACUCGAGAGACCAAAGAGGGCAACUCCAUUUGUGUCAGUUAGCGAUAGAUGUUAUAAUGACUGUAUGAACAAUGGAAAUGAGGACUUACGUGGCCUGUGUUAUGAUUGCUACAAAGAAAAGUUUCUCAACUGUCGUUCUUCAGGAAAAAAAGAUAUCGGACAAUCCACAUCCCAUGUGCAAGGUAAUACAACUAGAAAAACAACAAACAGUGGAAGGAAAGAUGAAAAGAAAUUUCAUGUUUUUAACGCAAGUUCAUCCACGCGCUCAGUUAACGUUGUAUCCCAUCCAAACUGUGCGAAAAUUUCGCCUAUUUCAAGAAAAGUAGAAACGGUCGAGAGAAGAUGUCUGACUAAAAAAUGUGUGUUCUUUGGUACUCCAGAGAAUGAAAACUUGUGUUCACAAUGUUAUGCAACUCUAAAACUAAAGUCGGAAAAGAAGACUCAAGACAGAAGAAAAACGAGAUAA